UGGAGCAGAAUAUGACAGGUGAUAACAAAAGAAGUAAUCAAAUAAAAGAUAAGUGCAAAAUCUAUCAUCUCCACCCUCCAAAAUCACUUGCACUUUUCAAUGCUUAUGGUCUACGAUAACUUACCUCUCCUCUAGUAGAAUCAAGAGAGUAAACCCCAGAAGCAGAAAGUAUUAACUACAAUCUCUUCCUUGCUGAGCUUCUAAAGAAAGCUAGCAAAACAGGAAAAGUUGGAUAUGGCAUAUAGCAACUGUCAUAGCAAAGAGAGAGAGUGACUGUUUUUGUUUUCAAUUUUGAUUUUUGUUAGAGAGAAAGAUGUCAGGAGGUGGGUGUAGUAUAGUUUGGUUCAGAAGAGAUCUAAGGGUAGAAGAUAACCCGGCACUUGCAGCUGGUGUAAGAGCAGGUGCUGUUGUUGCUGUGUUUGUAUGGGCACCCGAGGAGGAAGGCCAUUAUUAUCCCGGUAGGGUCUCAAGGUGGUGGCUUAAACAAAGUUUGGCUCAUCUUGACUCUUCUUUAAGGAGUCUUGGUACUUCUCUUGUUACUAAGAGAUCAACUGAUAGUGUUUCUUCUCUUCUUGAGGUUGUCAAAUCUACCGGUGCUACUCAGCUUUUAUUCAACCACUUAUAUGACCCCUUGUCACUGGUUAGGGAUCACCGGGCAAAGGAGAUUUUGACUGCUCAAGGUAUUACUGUAAGAUCUUUUAACGCGGACUUGCUUUAUGAACCAUGGGAUGUUAAUGAUGCCCAGGGCCGUCCGUUCACAACCUUUGACACUUUCUGGGAAAGAUGCCUCAGCAUGCCUUUUGAUCCAGAGGCUCCACUUCUCCCGCCUAAGAGGAUUAUUUCGGGUGAUGUAUCCAGAUGCCCUUCAGUCACGCUGGUAUUUGAAGAUGAAUCAGAGAAAGGAAGCAAUGCACUUCUUGCAAGAGCAUGGUCACCUGGAUGGAGCAAUGCUGAUAGGGCUUUGACCACUUUCAUUAACGGACCACUAAUUGAGUACUCUAUGAAUCGUAGAAAGGCUGAUAGCGCCACAACCUCAUUUCUCUCACCACACUUGCAUUUUGGGGAGGUGAGUGUGAGAAAAGUCUUCCAUCUUGUUCGCAUCAAGCAGGUUCUGUGGGCAAAUGAAGGGAACAGGGCCGGCGAAGAGAGUGUAAACUUGUUUAUCAAGUCAAUUGGUCUUAGGGAAUAUUCAAGAUACUUGAGUUUCAACCAUCCUUGCACUCAUGAAAGGCCUCUUCUUGGGCACCUUAAGUUUUUCCCUUGGGUUGUGGACGAAGGCUAUUUUAAGGCAUGGAGACAAGGUAGAACAGGUUAUCCAUUAGUUGACGCUGGAAUGAGAGAAUUGUGGGCUGCUGGUUGGCUGCAUGAUCGUAUACGUGUGGUAGUUGCUAGUUUCUUUGUGAAGGUUCUACAACUUCCAUGGAGAUGGGGAAUGAAGUAUUUUUGGGAUACCCUAUUGGAUGCAGAUUUAGAGAGCGAUGCUCUUGGGUGGCAAUACAUAACCGGCACUCUCCCAGACAGCCGUGAGUUUGAUCGCAUAGAUAAUCCACAGUUUGAGGGUUACAAAUUUGACCCGAAUGGAGAAUAUGUACGCCGGUGGCUUCCUGAACUUGCUAGGCUACCAACUGAAUGGAUACACCACCCAUGGAAUGCACCUGAAUCUGUACUCCAAGCUGCCGGAAUUGAGCUGGGAUCAAAUUACCCUCUCCCUAUUGUAGGGAUAGAUGCAGCAAAGGUCAGGUUGGAAGAAGCACUUUCAGAAAUGUGGCAGCAAGAAGCUGCUUCAAGAGCUGCAAUUGAGAAUGGAACAGAGGAAGGGCUUGGAGACUCCUCUGAAUCAGCCCCAUUUGCCUUCCCCGAAGACAUACAUAUGGAGGAAAACCAUGAGCCUGUGAGAAACAAUCCUCCUGCUACAAAUCGUCGCUAUGAGGAUCAGAUGGUCCCAAGCAUGACAUCUUCCUUUCUGAGAAUUGAAGACGAAGAAACUUCUGAUGUACGCAAUUCUACAGGAGAUGGCAGAGCAGAGGUGCCAAGAGAUGUAAAUGUGAAUCAAGAACCAAGAAGAGACGCUUUGAACCAGGGGUUUGUUCAAACUGUUCGUAAUAACACUGCUUUGUCACCAUUUAAUAUUUCGAGAGGUCUGACAAAUGUUGAAGACUCGACCGCAGAGUCUUCAAGUAGUGGUAGGAGAGAGAGGGAUGGAGGUAUAGUUCCAGUUUGGUCCCCUCCAACUUCUAGUUACUCAGAGCAGUUUGUUGGUGAUGACAAUGGAAUUGGAGCAACUUCUUCUUACUUGCAGAGGCAUCCACAGUCUCACCAGAUAAUCAAUUGGAGGCGGCUAUCUCAAACUGGGUAAAACAAAUAUUCAUGGUGAGAAGGAAGCAGGGAAUUGGAGAACACAAUGAUGCUUAAUCUUAUGAUUUAGUCUGUUGAUAAACCAGAGUACCUUGUAUAUUUUAUCAACCCAUGUUCUCACCAUUCUAAUAUGAUCAGUGGUAGGACCUCCAAUCUGUAUGAUACACACAAAUGAUUCAGGCAGUCCAUCUGCUAUCCCGUUUUCUGUACUUUUCUGUAUCACAUACGUAGAUCUGCUGUAUAGUAUUUAUAAGCGAAGGAUGAGAGUGAUGGUAGGGGGAUGUAGUUUUCUAAUAAUCCCAGGUUUGAGCUUUCUUGCUUGACUAGGAAGAUAAUUUACUGUAAUUCAACCUUGUAUCCUCGCUUUCACUACCCUUGAAGAUUGCUUAUUCCUGAGCUCCAA